AUGACUUUAAAAGGGGGAGGAGACGUCAAGUCUUUGCGUUUGCAUUUGCAUAGAGUUUACGAUCAUCUCUGUGAAUCUGCCAUGGAAGAGAGCUCGAGAACUCGAAGCAACAUCAUCAUGAGAAGAUCAAUCUACACUUUCCUUCAAAACUAUCAUUAUUUCACCACAACAGCAGCGAUCCUAGCUUUCCCAUACUCACUUUUGAUCCUCGUUUCGCAGUUCUCCGUCCCUUAUUAUCCUCUGUUACCAGCAAUCCACAGCCACCUCGAAGCCAUUUUUGCGUCGGCCGAGUUGCCGCCCUUGUCGGAAUUCUUCACGUUCCUCGGUUUCAAGAUUUCCCAGACCAUUUCUUCAUCGAUCUUUGCUCUCCCUUUCACCCUUUCUUUCUUGCUGUUGUCCAAAGCCUCCAUUAUUCUCCUCCUCAAAAGCAAAAACCCGAAAUCCCCACCACCUUGUUUCUCUUCAAUUUUUUCUCUUUACAAGCCUCUGUUUUCCACUUUCGUAUGCAAUUCCUUCCUACUUUUGGCUGCAAAUUCGACGGCUUUCUCGAAUUUGUUCUUUGGGUUCUCAUUAUCUUCCAAUUGGGUCACCUUCAUGUCGGCUGCCGGUGCUGUUGUUUAUUCGAUGAUUCUUGCCAAUGCCAUUAUAGGGAAGACUUUGACUGCUUUGGCAUUGGCGGUGCCUGGGAAUCUGGCGUUGGCUGCCAUUGAAGCUCUGUUCCAUUACCGUGUUGUGAGAGCUUAUGGUGGCGGUGGUGAUUUCAAUGCCUUUUCGAUGAUUAUGGAAGGAGCUGCAAAACUGGGGUGUUUGGAUCGGGAAGGCAGGUAUUGUUACAAGAUUGAGGUUGUUGCAGAGAAAUAUGGAAAUGCCUAUGUAAAGCUGAAGAACAUCGAGGAUUUCCAUAGGUAA